UGAGACAUGUUUGACAAGAAACAGACAAAUCUCUGUCUCUCUCUCUAGUCUAUACAUUUAAAACACUUGACACAGGCACUACCAUUACCUUGAGAGAGUGUGAGUUAGAGAGAUAGAGGAUUUGAAAGAGAGAUUUGAAGAAGAAAAUGGAGAGUUCUACAGUACUGAGUCGACUCAUUUUAGUUUUAUUCAUUCUAGGGUUCGCAGUAACAGUAGCAGAAGCAAUCAGGGGUCAUCAAGAGAAAGAAAUGGUAAGAAGACCUGGGUUUAUGUACUCAAGGAUCAGAGGAAGGUGUACACCACAGUUUUGGAGCAGCAGAAGAGAGGCAUGGCCUAGGAUGGUCCCACAAACAUCAUCAGUGUCAAAGGUGUUCGGCUCAAGAGUCUAUGAACGAUACAGAACAGACUUAACAUUGUUAGAAGCAACAGAAAGGAAUGACGACAAAAACAACGCCUUUUCAAGUUUGUUGAAGCAAUCUAGUGCAGCACUUCUUAAUUCAUAUUCUAGAAAAGACUAUCCGUAUACGGCUUGGGAAGUAAAGACUGCAUUGAUUCAAGCUCUUGUCUCAGAGGAAGCAGCAAGUCUUCAAGCCCAAAGUUUCUCCCAUGCAAAUGAGGCCUGCACGUAGACUUAAGCAAACAUGCACAGUAUGGGAUUCAGGUGCUUAUAUAUAUGUUAGCAGCUAAAUUUUAGUCUGUCUUUUUCGUUAUAGUCAAUAUGAACUGAUGUUCUGUAGAUCUCGACUGUUUAGUUGUGUUUAAUAUCAAAAAGAAUGCCCUCUCCUGGGGUUUGAUUGUAAAAAUACCUUAAGGGAUGUAUCCUACUCUCUUUCUUAGCACAAGGCUUGUAACUGUGCUUUUAAUUUUUUAUUUUUUGAGAACAAAGACAUGUUUGUAGCAACGGUAUUGCUGCUUAA